GUUUACUUUUCUCCGAAAUUCAUUCAACUAACUCUCUUGUUAAUGAUCUUCGCGUUAAAGUCCGAAGAAUUUACCACUGAAAGUCACAGUGACUGAACCGCUCUGGCUCUGGCUGUGGGUCCCUGCGGCUUUUGCAAUAGCCUCUUCCUGUCUGACGAUAAUGGCAACUUGGACCUGAUCGAUUUCUUUGAAAGCGCUAUACCCAACUAUGCUAUACUUUCAUACAGGUGGGGAUCGGACGAGAUUACCUUCUGGGGGCCUGGUAGACGGUACGAGCAUGAGUAAGGCUGGCGGCGAAAACUUCUCGGUGGACACAUGCUGCAUCGACAAAUCAAGCAGCGCCGAGCUCUCUGGAGCUGAUGGAGGAUUGUUCGCCCAGAAAGUCCUCCCGUUUCAAAUGGGCCCGACAGAAUACACAGGGAAGAAGACUGUCGUAGUACCGAGAUGUUGUCAGGUCAAGGAAGGCUCGCAGCAUUGUCAGAGGUAGAACAAUUCAGUAGCUCAGAGGGCUCAAGACGGAGAGACUAAGAGACUCUUGUAAAAGCUGAAAUCGUUGUAGUAUAAUAUUGCCAACUGGGCUCUCUCAAAUGCAUCUUCGAAUGAACGUCCGUCCCCAAGCGCUCUGUAGAACUCGCGAGAAAAUUCAAUUGCUUCCUCAUCGUCUAUGGCACCCUCCAU